AUGAUUUGCAUAGUGCAGAGACUAUUCAAAACACUAAAUCCGGACUUGGGGCCGAAAACGAACAAUUUACCGUUGAGCAUAAUCCAUACACCGAUGUUCUACCCCUUCCGACACCGGGAAAAUCUCAUGAUCCACCGGGAAGAGAUUGACGAGGAUGGGUUCUUCCACAACAUGCUUACCGGUUUAGUGUUCUGGGGAGGUGCAGGUAUUGGAAAGAAGGAUCAAGAUGUUUCUACUGGAUAUGCUUCCACCUGUACGCUGUGGGACAUCCGUAUGGGAGGCCAGGAUGUGUUUUUUGAAGAAGUACUGGACUUUGCUAGGUGGUGA